GUACCCCCACAGCCUCACCUCUCCUGCUGUUUGCUAACCGUCGGGAUGUGCGGCUGGUGGACGCUGGUGGUGUCAAGCUGGAAUCCAUCAUCGUGGUCAGUGGACUGGAGGACGCGGCCGCCGUGGACUUCCAGUUCUCCAAGGGAGCUGUGUACUGGACAGACGUGAGCGAGGAGGCUAUUAAGCAGACUUUCCUGAAUCAGACGGGGGCCACUGUGCAGAACGUGGUCAUCUCGGGCCUGGUCUCUCCCGAUGGCCUGGCCUGCGACUGGGUCGGUAAGAAGCUGUACUGGACGGACUCGGAGACCAACCGCAUCGAGGUGGCCAACCUCAAUGGGACGUCACGUAAAGUGCUCUUCUGGCAGGAUCUGGACCAGCCGCGGGCCAUCGCGCUGGACCCCGCCCACGGGUACAUGUACUGGACAGAUUGGGGUGAGACGCCCCGGAUCGAGCGGGCAGGCAUGGAUGGCAGCACCCGGAAAAUCAUUGUGGAUUCGGACAUUUACUGGCCCAACGGCUUAACCAUUGACCUGGAAGAACAGAAGCUGUACUGGGCCGAUGCCAAACUCAGCUUCAUUCACCGUGCCAACCUGGAUGGCUCGUUCCGGCAGAAGGUGGUAGAAGGCAGCCUGACGCACCCUUUUGCCCUGACACUCUCCGGGGACACGCUGUACUGGACAGACUGGCAGACCCGCUCCAUCCACGCCUGCAACAAGCGGACAGGCGCAAAGAGAAAGGAGAUUCUGAACGCGCUCUAUUCACCGAUGGACAUCCAGGUGCUCAGCCAGGAACGCCAGCCACACUUCCACACGCAGUGUGAGGAGGACAAUGGCGGCUGCUCCCACCUGUGCUUGCUGUCUCCCCGGGAACCUUUCUACACGUGCGCCUGCCCCACCGGUGUGCAGCUUCAAGACAAUGGCAGGACAUGCAAGGCAGGGGCAGAGGAAGUGCUGUUGCUGGCCCGGCGGACGGACCUGCGGAGGAUCUCUCUGGACACGCCGGACUUCACGGACAUUGUGCUGCAGGUGGAUGACAUCCGGCACGCCAUCGCCAUUGACUACGACCCAGUGGAGGGUUACGUGUACUGGACAGAUGACGAGGUGCGGGCCAUCCGCAGGGCCUACCUGGAUGGCUCAGGCGCACAGACACUGGUCAGCACUGAGAUCAAUGACCCCGACGGUAUUGCAGUUGACUGGGUGGCCCGCAACCUCUACUGGACAGACACGGGCACUGACCGCAUCGAGGUGACGCGCCUCAACGGCACCUCACGCAAGAUCCUGGUGUCUGAGGACCUGGACGAACCACGUGCCAUCGUGCUGCAUCCUGUGAUGGGGCUCAUGUACUGGACGGACUGGGGCGAGAACCCCAAAAUCGAAUGUGCCAACCUGGAUGGACAGGAACGGCGUGUCCUGGUGAACACCUCCCUCGGGUGGCCCAACGGCCUGGCCCUGGACCUGCAGGAGGGAAAACUCUACUGGGGAGACGCCAAGACAGACAAGAUCGAGGUGAUCAAUGUCGAUGGGACAAAGAGGCGGACACUGCUGGAGGACAAGCUCCCUCACAUCUUCGGGUUCACCCUGCUGGGAGACUUCAUCUACUGGACCGACUGGCAGAGGCGGAGCAUCGAGCGUGUGCACAAGGUCAAGGCGAGCCGUGACGUCAUCAUCGACCAGCUGCCUGACCUCAUGGGACUGAAAGCCGUGAACGUGGCCAAGGUCAUCGGAACCAACCCCUGUGCAGACGGGAAUGGGGGCUGCAGUCACCUCUGCUUCUUCACACCCCACGCCACCAAGUGCGGCUGCCCCAUGGGCCUGGAACUCCUCAGUGACCUGAAGACGUGCAUCGUCCCCGAGGCCUUCCUGGUGUUCACGAGCAGAGCCGCUAUCCACAGGAUCUCCCUGGAGACCACCAACAAUGACGUGGCCAUCCCGCUCACGGGCGUCAAGGAGGCCUCAGCGCUGGACUUUGAUGUGUCCAGCAAUCACAUCUACUGGACGGACGUCAGCCUGAAGACCAUCAGCCGAGCCUUCAUGAAUGGGAGCUCGGUGGAACAUGUGAUCGAGUUUGGCCUAGACUACCCAGAAGGCAUGGCUGUUGACUGGAUGGGCAAGAACCUCUACUGGGCAGACACUGGGACCAACAGAAUUGAAGUGGCCCGGCUGGAUGGGCAGUUCCGACAGGUCCUCAUCUGGAGAGACUUGGACAACCCCAGGUCACUGGCUCUGGAUCCCACCCAAGGCUACAUCUACUGGACUGAGUGGAGCGGUAAACCAAGGAUCGUGCGGGCGUUUAUGGAUGGGACCAGCUGCAUGACGCUGGUGGACAAAGUUGGCCGGGCCAACGACCUGACCAUUGACUACGCUGACCAGCGCCUCUAUUGGACUGAUUUGGACACCAACAUGAUUGAGUCUGCCAACAUGCUGGGUCAGGAGCGCGUGGUGAUUACGGAUGACCUCCCGCACCCCUUCGGCCUGACGCAGUACGGCGAGUACAUCUACUGGACCGACUGGAAUCUGCACAGCAUUGAGCGGGCCGACAAGAUCAGCGGGCAGAACCGCACCCUCAUCCAGGGCCACCUGGACUUCGUGAUGGACAUCCUCGUGUUCCAUUCCUCCCGCCAGGAUGGCUUCAACGACUGCAUGCAGAGCAAUGGGCAGUGUGGGCAGCUGUGCCUUGCCGUCCCUGGUGGCCACCGCUGCGGCUGCGCCUCACACUACACCCUGGACCCCAGCAGCCGUAACUGCAGCCCGCCCACAGCCUUCUUGCUGUUCAGCCAGAAAUGCGCCAUCAGCCGUGUGAUCCCCGAUGACCCGCAUAGCCCGGACCUCAUCCUGCCACUGCACGGGCUGAGAAACGUCAAGGCUGUUGACUACGACCCUCUGGACAAGCUCAUGUACUGGGUGGAUGGACGUCAGAACAUCAAACGAGCCAAGGACGAUGGCACCCAGCCCUUCCUGUUGACCUCUCCGGGUCAGAGCCAGAACCCAGACCGACAACCCCAUGAUCUCAGCAUCGACAUCUACAGCCGGACACUGUUCUGGACAUGCGAGGCCACCAACACCAUCAAUGUCCACCGACUGAGCGGCGAGGCCCUGGGCGUGGUGCUCCGCGGCGACCGGGACAAGCCCAGGGCCAUUGUUGUCAACUCAGAGCGAGGGUACCUGUACUUCACCAAUAUGCAGGACCACACCGCCAAGAUCGAGCGUGCAGCCCUGGAUGGGACUGAGCGUGAGGUCCUCUUCACCACGGGCCUCAUCCGUCCCGUGGCCCUCGUGGUGGACAACGCCCUGGGCAAGCUCUUCUGGGUGGACGCAGACCUGAAGCGUCUCGAGAGCUGUGACCUGUCAGGAGCCAACCGCCUGACCCUAGAGGAUGCCAACAUUGUGCAGCCCGUGGGCCUGGCUGUGCUGGGCCGCCACCUCUACUGGGCCGACCGGCAGCAGCAAAUGAUCGAGCGAGUGGACAAGAGCAGCGGAGAGCAGCGGACACGUGUGCAGGGACGCAUCGCCCACCUCACCAGCAUCCAUGCCGUAGAGGAAGUCAGCACCGAGGAGUUCUCGGCCCACCCAUGUGCCCGGGACAAUGGCGGCUGCUCUCACAUCUGCAUCGCCAAGGGCGACGGCACACCACGAUGCUCCUGCCCAGUUCACCUCGUGCUCCUGCAGAACCUCCUGACCUGUGGCGAGCCCCCCACCUGCUCCCCCGAUCAGUUCGCAUGCGCCACGGGCGAGAUCGAUUGCAUCCCCGCGGCAUGGCGUUGUGACGGCUUCCCCGAGUGUGACGACCAGAGUGACGAGGAAGGCUGUCCCGUGUGCUCCGCUGCCCAGUUCCCCUGUGAGCGUGGCCAGUGCGUGGACCUGAGCCUGCGCUGUGACGGCGAGGCGGACUGCCAGGACCGCUCGGACGAGGCUGACUGUGACGCCGUCUGCCUGCCCAGCCAGUUCCGCUGUGCCAGUGGUCAGUGUGUGCUUAUCAAACAACAGUGUGACUCCUUCCCUGACUGUAUGGACGGCUCGGACGAGCUCCUGUGUGAAAUCACCAAACCACCAGCGGACGACACGCCGGCCCACAGCAGUGCCAUCGGGCCAGUCAUUGGCAUCAUCCUCUCUCUCUUUGUCAUGGGCGGCGUCUAUUUCGUGUGCCAGCGCAUCGUGUGUCAGCGCUACGCCGGGGCCAGUGGGCCCUUCCCGCAUGAGUACGUCAGCGGGACCCCUCAUGUGCCCCUCAACUUCAUAGCCCCCGGAGGCCCUCAGCAUGGUCCCUUCACAGGUAUCUCUUGCAGCAAGUCCAUGAUGAGCUCAAUGAGUCUGAUGGGGAGCCGGGGCGGGGCGCCUCUCUAUGACCGGAACCAUGUCACUGGGGCCUCGUCCAGUAGCUCUUCCAGCACCAAGGCCACGCUCUACCCACCGAUUCUGAACCCACCACCGUCCCCUGCCACAGACCCCUCCUUGUAUAACAUGGAUAUGUUCUGCUCUUCAAACAUUCCUGCCACUGCUAGACCGUACAGGCCGUACAUCAUCCGCGGCAUGGUGCCCCCGACAACGCCCUGCAGCACCGAUGUAUGUGAUAGUGAUUACAGUGUCAGCCGCUGGAAGGCCAGCAAGUACUACCUGGACCUGAACUCGGACUCAGACCCCUACCCGCCCCCACCCACACCCCACAGCCAGUACCUGUCCGCCGAAGACAGCUGCCCGCCCUCACCCAUCACCGAGAGGGGUUACUUCCACCUCUUCCCACCUCCGCCAUCCCCCUGCACAGACUCGUCCUGACCUUUCAGUACCCCUGUAAAUAGGUUUAAAUAUGAACAAAGAAAAAAAUAUAUAUUUUAUGACUUCAGAAAUAAAUAUAGUUGGGAUUUAAAAAACAAAUAAGAAAUGUGAAUCGUGAUCGGGUGGGCAGGGUCGGGGAGAACUUUGUACAGUGGAGAAAAUAUUUAUAAAUUUAAUUUUUUAAAAC